CAUUAUGUCUCUGUGUCAAUGAAACGCGGUUGCUCAGAGCAAAAGAGGAAGUAGCCACCUCAUGCAGCCGUAGAUAGCUAGAUAGAUAUGUGCAUGCGUAAAGAGGAAAGGAACCAUUUAUAGAGAGGGAGAACUUGGACAAGUCCAACCAGAGCCACUACAGUGUUCAGAAUAAGUGGAGCCACCCGAAGAAAAGACCAAGGGACCAGCCAUGAAUCCGCAAGGAGGAAAGGUUUUUGGGGCACUGAAAGUCCAACAAGAGGAAUUUCUGGACUCCCUUAAUAAGGAAUUUUUGGAUGACCCCAAAUAUAACACCGAUGAAGAGUUAGCUGGAAAAUUAGAAAUAUUUAAGAAGAAAUACAUGGAAUUUGACCUCAAUGCACAAGGUGAUAUAGAUAUCAUGGCUUUGAAGCGCAUGUUGGAAAAGAUGGGUGCAGCCAAGACCCAUUUGGAGCUGAAAAAGAUGAUCACUGAGGUGACCGGAGGUAUGAGUGAAACCAUCUGCUACCGGGACUUCAUCUGUAUGAUGCUGGGAAAGCGAUCAGCUAUCUUAAAAAUAAUUCUGAUGUAUGAAGAGAAAGCCAGAGAGAAGGAAGAGAAACCAGCAGGACCCCCACCAAAGAAAAUACUAGCCGAUCUUCCUUGAAGACCUCCGCACGCUCACUAAUAAUGUGGUUUAUUUUCUCUUCAGGCAGCUUCUAGAGCAACUGAAAUAUAUAUGAGCCUUUUCUAAAAAAAUUUGUAAAGUCUCAAGAAAGGAGUUAAUUCUUAAUAUCCCUUCAUAAGUAUGGGAGCACUAUGUCUCCUUAGUGUAUCUGUGUGUGUGGUAUCUUGCCAACUUGUGGUUUUGCGUCUUUAUUUUUCCCUCCAUUUUAAACACUGGGUUAAAUUCAUUCAAGGGAAUCAGGGGUGGGGAAAGUACAUGUUGACCCCUGAAUCAAUGUUGUGCCCCCCAAGGUCCUUUAUUUUUAUGUGCCAAGGCAUGGGGAGCAAUUUGACAAAUGUUGACCUUCCCCAAGUACCAUUUUGGAUCAGCCUUUUUUCUCCUAAUAGGAAGUGAGAUAGAAGUUGACUUCCAAGCAAGGCUGGUGGGGGGAGAUAAAAACACACACCAAAACCCUAUUUUUGUUUGUUUGUUUAAACAGAGUUUUUUGGUUUAAGUAAAAAAAAUUGAAUUAAUGCACAGGACUUCACCAAUAUAGGACUAAAUCAGAAUAUUAAGUAGCAAAAUGUACAGUAGUUCAGAUGUUAUGGGCACCAGCUUAAAAAAUUCUUCAUUUAAAAGUGCUAGUUUAAAGCAAGUCGUUUUGGAUGAAUUUGCAUCAAUUGAAGGAUUUACUUCCAUAUGGUAUUUCUUGCACUAAAAAAUAAAGGGAUUAAAAAGAAGGAACUGGA